AUGACUGUAUUAAUGCACUUGUUCUGUGUCAAAAGUGUCAACAACAUUGCAGGUAAAAAUGAGGAUCAUAAAGGCGAUUUACCUAAGCUGAAGAAACGCUUGAAUCAAAAUCAGACCCGGAGUAAGCCAACGCCAUUGGUUAUUAGACCAUCCCUAAUGGAGACUAGGAGAGUCCCAAGUUAUUUCUUAAUCAAAGAGGAACCGCCCGAUUUCAAAGCUCAAUCAAAAACCCGAGAAGGAGCUAACCACGUUACACCAUCAACCAUUGUACUAGAUCAAAACCGAGGAGUGAUCUUUACUUUCUUGCUCAAAGGAGAGCCACUGAAUGCACCAUGCAUCAUGAAGACAGAACAACACCAAGAGAGAGGGUAUGAUGCGGACAUCAGAACUAGAUCAGACCAAGAGCACACCAAACUGGUCUACAUGGAGAAUUUUGGAGAAUCUUUGUCUAAGUGGAGUUCUGAUCAAGUACAAGGUGAAGGGUUAAUUAUUCACCAUGAUAUUAACCCUAAGAAGUCCGACAGUUCAAGAGGGAUCAAAAAUCAGCAAGUCAAAUCACCUUAUUAUUGGGAUAUGACUGUUGCACUCUUUUUCCCUUAUCUAGGGUUUGUCCCAAUGGGUUUACCUAGAAAGGUUUUUAAUGAGGCAACAUCAAGUCAUCAAGGAAUCAUUCACCAUCCAUAUGAUUCAAAGAUGAUAGCUGAUGUACAUUCUGAUCUACUCGCGGACAAGCAUGCUGAACUACUCGCUGACCUUUGCACACAAGAACCCGAUGAGUCACUACUUACCAUCCAUGGAGCCAAAGGAGAUCAAGGUGCAAAGACUCCUUCCUUAUUCACUUAUGCACGUCUUGAGGCUUCCUAA